AAAUAUAUACUGAAGGACAUGUGGGUUUGUCUAUAGUCAAUGGCAAAUACAUCUGGAAUUAGAAUUUGGAGAUCUACGAAAAACUGAACCUACAUGACAAACAUUUGUUCACUGUCCAGUGUAUUGUAAUUGAAUAGCUCAUUGUUAGCUGAAAAUGAGUUUGAAAGGCAUUGGCUUUCUCUUCCAGUGUUACCUGGUGUUGGCAGCCGCCAUGUAUUUUGAUCUCGGAGAGCAGGAGCAAAAGUGCAUCAUCGAGGAGAUUCCUGAAGACAUGCUCGUCACCGGGUAUUUCUUGUUGGAGCCGUGGGAGAUGAAUGCCCUCUCCCACUCCCCUCACCUCGGCGUCACUGUGACAGUCAGAGACCCAAACCAUGAGGUUCUGAUGUCAAAACGCUAUGGUAAAUUUUCUAAAUUCACCUUCACAUCGCACGCCUCUGGUCAGCACUACCUUUGCUUCCAGACCAACUCCACAAAGUUUUCUGUAUUUGCUGGAGAAAGACUGAAGCUACAUUUGGACGUUCAGAUGGGAGAGCACUCGAUAGACCCCGUCCCUGACAAGACCAAAGACAACAUGAAGAAUCUGGAGAACAGCCUCCGACACCUCGUAGAUCAGAUGAUAUUCAUCACCAGGCAGCAGGAGUACCAGAGGGAGAAAGAGGAGGUGUUUCGUCAGAUUGGUGAGAACACCAACAGCAAAGUGCUGUGGUGGGCCAUGGUGCAGACCUCUGUGCUGCUGACGGUUGGUUUCUGGCAGAUGAAACGACUCAAAGAUUUCUUCAUCGCCAAGAAGCUCGUCUGA